AUGGACAAGGACAAAGAACAGUAUCAUCAAGUGUAUGAAGAGCAUUCCAAAAAUGCAUCAAGUAAAGAUGCAGUGCUCACUGAGAUCAACAAAAGUGGUAGACCAAUGGAUUUUGAUGGCAGUAAAUUGGGCCUGGAAACUCAUAUGUAUAGAAUGGCCGGCCUCUCUCCUAGUAGGAUGAUGGUCAAAAAGGGCAACGUACUCUGUAGAAUAUCCUCAGAAACUUAUGGUCUUCUCUGUGGAUUUAGACACCCAAACCUGCAUGCGAUAGAGAAUUAUUCCACAAGAGGUCAUGGUUGGUUUAUUGUUCCAUGCGUUAGUGGUUCUCACAAGGGCUGGAUGAAUAGCCAGAAUGGUUCGUCCAUGUUUCAGGGAGCUGGUCAAAAGAAAGAUAUAACACCACAAUUUAGAGCCAUGCUUAUGUGA